AUGGAAGUAGAUCGACAGAUUGACUAUGAGCUGAUAUUGGAAAAAAUAUUGGAAAUGGUAGAGGAGAAGUUAUGGAAACACCGUUCCUCUUCCGCCGCUCAGGACUCCUUGGAAAACAAGAAAUUAUUUUAUGUGUUGAUUGUUCCAUUCCUCCUCAUCGCCUUGGCUGGUAUAAUUAUCUUUACUGUAUAUUAUCGAAGUAAGGGAAAACUAUUGACAGCAGAUUUACAAUACUGGGCUCAGGAAAUAUGCCACCAAAUAAAAAGGAAAAAGGAUUCUUCUUGUGAUACAUUUGUAAACACAAAUGUAGCACAUCCUGCUGGCCUUCAGCUUUUGGGAGAGACGUAUUUGCUGGAUCUUGACAAAUAUUGCUUUCCAGAUGAGAUACAUUCCCCUUGUGAGCACCUGCUGAGUGAAAAAGAUGGUCCUAAUAAAAUACUUUACGGAUUAAGAGAAAAUUUCCCCACAUUGUUUCUAACUACCAUUUCUAAAGACGGCCAUUUUAGACAGACUCCUGCGGAGGAUGAAUACACGGACAAAGUAUCCCUUGGGCAAUGUUACUUACCUUUGGUGAGCCAAUCUGAUAGCAAAGCUGAAUCACCCUUCUCUGAACCGCUAGAGGUGGGAGAGAAUGAGAGCCUGAAUUACUUCUUCACAGGAACAGAAAAUCUGGAGGAAUUAGUAAACUGCUGUUGCUUGGAUCCUUCGGGUGCAAUGGACCCUAUUCAUGCUUCCUCACCCAAAAGCCUGCAGAGUCCUUGUAAUCAUUUCACUGGUGCCAAGAUGGGAGGUGUUGAUAAUAACGAUACAAGUACUUCCCUACUAGUCUCUGAAGAAAAGCAUAGCUUUGCCAGGUCAUCUUGCAGACAACCUCCUGACAAACGGGACAAUGCCACAGAUUCCUUAAAAGAAAAUGGAUCUUCUCUGCUAGGCACCUGUGGCUUGGAAUCUUCUUCUGUAGACCAAAAUGGGUCAGCAAACAAUAUUGGAGACAAAAGUGAAUCAUCUGAUGGAAAGGACACAAAGGACCAGAAUGCGAAAAGAACAUCUGAGUCAAGCUACAAUGUUUCAGAUCCCCCAGCAGCAUCUGGAAAUGUGACGGGAAAUGGGAACUCUACGUUCAUUUCAAGUGGACAAGUCAUGAAUUUUAAGGGGGAAAUUAUUUUUGUCUACGUUAGUCAGAACUCCCAGGAAGGAUCAAUGUCUCCUGGAUCAAGUGAUGACAGCCUGGGGAACCCAGUGCAAGAGGAAAACCUAAACCGCUGUGAGACAUUUGCAGGCAAUGCUCACCAGUAUAAAGAAAAAUGUGCUGAAAUCAGUACAUCUCACGGCAUGGAAUCCGGAGAACCUCAAAGCAUUGUAGAAGGGUAUAAGAGGACUUUUGGGCCUAUUGGUCAAGAAGAGAAUUGUGAAAACCAGAAGAAGAACUUUCCUCGUGAGGCCUCACAGCCUGUACAAGAGGAAGGGAAGCCAGGAUAUUCUUAAAGGAGAUGGUGCAUCGACACAAGACUAAUGUUGGUUAUCGGUAUCCAGUCAAAAGAACACUACCAUCCACUGAACAUGAUCUGAAAAACAGAUGCAGAUAGCACUAAUUAAGCAAAAGAAGCCUUCUGUUGGUUGCUGAGAUUUCAGACUGCUGUGACUGUUGGUUUACAAGGGUGUUUUUUGUUUUGCUCCACUAUAAAAAUGGUAGAGGAGACUGUUGGAUACUAUUAAUGCUAUGUGGAAUAUUUUGGUUUGCCAAGAAAAGGGUAAUGUUUGGAGAUUCAGGGAUGAGAUGUGUUGUGUCACUGCUGUUCUUCCAGUUGCCAAGGAUUAUGUUCCUGUGGAAUUGACACAUGCUACUUAAGACUCAUCCAGAGGAUUUGUAUUUCUAGAAUGGUAGCUCGUGUUUAUAUACAGUGGUAACAUUAACACAGUUGCCUUACCUUUACUGUAGAAAAAAACAGACGAAUGUUCAGUAAAACAUAAGUUAGUUUUGCUUGUCCUCAUGUUUCAGAUAAGUUUUCUACCCCUCUUUUUUCAUUUAAAAUGUUUCAUAUUCAUCCCUUAAAGGUUUGUCCAUGAACUUACAUUUUUUUAAAAGGAAAUUGCAAUUGCUCUUGGCCUCAGUAAGAGCUAGAGCUUCAUGUCACCGUACACUCCUGUGGGUUGUGUCCCAUUUUUUCAAAAGUUUGCCACUGAAUGAGUAGUAAAUGGUGAGAUGGUGAGCCCCAUCACUGUUUUAAUUGCUAUGAAGCCCAUGAUUCCAAAUUAAAACAAUGAAACUUAACACUUUGUGUGUACUCACAACUCCUUCCCCCCAUAUUCUCAUUAAUGGUGUGAAAGAAGACUGACUGCUAAUGAGCACUUUUUCUCAAGACAGGCAGAUAAGUAACUUACAACAAUCCAGCAUUAACAUUGUUUCCAGCCAUGGACUGGCAGAGCAACUUCCAGUACAGUAUACACAGGAAAAAAAAGGUGACUAGUUCAUUUAAUAUCAUCAAAUGACCUUAAUCCAUAUCCGAGGCAUGGAAUACAGUCCUUUGGAUUGUAUUGACACCAAAAUUAUAUUGUUCUGCAUUGAUACUAAGGCUCCAAAGCCUCGUGGGGCACUUCUUGACAUUAAUGACAUGCUGUAUGCAGUAUAUAUUUUAAAAUGUGUAAAACUGCAGUAAUAACUUUAUGAAAUGAGACAGUAAAUUUUUUAGGGAACGUUUAUAAUAGUUUUAUUUGCUAAAAUUCUAAUUUUGUAAAAAAAAAACAACCAA